AAACAAACUUAGUUAUUUUUGUGAGCUGUGCUGAUCUGUUCUACAUUAGCGGGGAUAUCCUACCGCUUACUAAUGUCGAAUUUACACAUGUUUCCGGGAUUCAAUGGAGAUUUUAAAAUCCUUUGAGCAUAGGACACACGUGAAUGGGUAUUUAUCAGUCUGCUUGAAUAUAUGAUCGUUUCGUUUGCGUGAAAUCCCGUUGGGUAAUAAAGACACCUAUAAGGAUGUAUCUUCGCAAGACUGAAAUCCUUGAGAUCUACAAAACUUCUAAACCUUACUGGCGAUUCAGAGCAUUUGAAUAUAAGAUUAUGUACGAGUUCGUGCUGGAUCAAUUCUAUCAUAUCCUCAAAGCACUUGCCACAAAUCUCACACAAAUGGACUUUCAGUUUAGGGCUACUUCUGAGAUCCUCAACUGUGUUGAGCGCUUGCUGAUUAUCUGACGUCAACGAUCAAAUGAUGCAUUGGAUAUAUUUGCUGCUCUGUUAUACUGAACGUCUUCAAUUGACCAUUCUCGCGCUCCUUUGGAAUUGAUCCUUAAGUCUGUUUAGAAAUUAUGUCAAAACGCAGCGCUGACGAUGCCAGCGGCACUGGCAGCGGCGGCAGCAGCUGUUUAGUGGCUGCAGCGGCCGCUGGUCAGCCGCCUAUCAAAAAGGUACACUUCGAGCCCCAUUUAAUUGGGCCGGUGUCAACACUUGAGGAGAUGGACAUCAAGGUAUUGGAGUUUCAGAACAAGAAACUCGCCCAGAGAAUCGAACAGCGAAUGCGCUGCGAAGCCGAGCUCCGGCAUCGCAUUGAGCAACUGGAGAAGCGCCAAACGCAAGAUGAUGCAGUCCUCAACGUGGUAAAUCGAUAUUGGAAUCAGCUAAAUGAGGAUAUAAGGGUGUUGCUACAGCGAUUCGAUGCCGAAACGGCUGAUGAGCUAGAGAAUAAGAACGAGAACGAAGUAACCACUUCGUUUCUGACACAGCUCUCCACAUGGGACAAGGAGGAGCUAGACGAGAAGCUAGCCAAUCGUGUCCAAGUGUCAAAGCGCGCUGUGGCGAAGAUCGUGCAGGUUAUUGAUAGGUUAAUGCAACGUAACGAGAAGAUAACACAUGUAUUGAAAGGUGAUGGUCUGCCCAGUGCAGGAGCACAAGGAGCAACUGCUGGUGGAGAUGAAGAGCAACAGUCCACUGCCGGAGCUGAGUCGGAUGCGUCAACAGCGGGUGCUGGUGUGCACGCGCUGGAGGAAACAUUAAAGAAGACGCAUAUUGAGAUCAUGACGGAAAAUCACAACCUGCAAAAUCUAAACACAUCGCUACACGAGAAAUUUCACACGAUGUCGCUUAAGAUGAAGGAAUACCAGGAUGCACUCACCGCCAAGGAAACAGAGAAUGCGGAACUGAAGAACCAAAUUGAUGAACUACAAUAUGAUCUGGAGAAAAUCCAUUGCCGCAACGAUAAGCUGGAAAACCAUCUGGCGGAAGCCAUUGAAAAGCUGAAGGCCUAUCACCAAAUUUACGGAGAUCCUAACAAAAGCAGUAACAGUGCCAAAACACCUAGCAGCGGUGUCGGGUCCGGCGGUGGGGGCAGUGCAACGACCAGUGUGAAUAGCCAACAUCUGGAGGAGCUGCAGAAGGAACUGGAGGAGCAUCGUGAGUUGGCCAACAAUCGGUUACAGGAACUGGAUAAGCUGCAUGCCACGCAUCGCGAAACACUCAAGGAAGUAGAGAAACUUAAAAUGGAUAUCCGCCAGCUACCCGAGUCGGUCAUCGUGGAGACGACAGAGUACAAGUGCUUGCAAUCACAGUUCUCCGUACUGUAUAACGAGUCCAUGCAGAUCAAGACGAUGCUGGAUGAGACGCGCAAUCAAUUACAGACGAGCAAGAAUCAACAUUUGCGUCAGAUCGAGGUGAUGGAGAGCGAGGAGCUCAUUGCGCAGAAAAAAGUGCGCAGCGAGAUGAUUCAAAUGGAGGACGUGCUGGCGCUCAUUCGCAAGGAGUACGAAGCAUUGCGGAUUGAGUUCGAACAGAACAUGGCCGCCAAUGAACAGACAGCACCCAUCAAUCGGGAGAUGAGGCAUCUGAUUACCUCGCUUCAGAACCACAACGGACAGCUGAAAGGGGAGGUGCAAAGGUAUAAGCGUAAGUACAAAGACAUCUCCACGGAAAUUGUAAAGCUGCGCAAAGAGCUGGACGAGGCGCAGGCCAAGCUCGAAGGCAACAAGCAGCAGCAGCAAUCGGCUGCUGCGUUAGCGGGCGAGGAAAUUAAACAGGAAUCAGCAGCAAAUAUUAAGGAGGAGAAUGCUAAUAAUACUUCAAGCGGGGGUACAACCUGCUCGACUACUGCCGGCAAUGCCAGUGGCGAAGUCAACAUGGUUAUCAAAGAGGAGAACUCGGCCUCUGCCGAGGAUGACCUCGAUGAUGAAGGCGGCAGUAAAGAUGUCAAGGACCCAAACAUUAAACAAGAAAAGCUGUCCGGCAGCGAAACUGCAACUGCUGAGAAGAAAGAUUCACCAGGUCCAGCAAAUGCAACAGCAACAGCAGCUGGCACAGCAAACGCUGUUAAAACCGAAAAGGAUGCUAAGGAGGGCAUUAAGGCAAAGGAACUCAAGGCUGUGGAGAGCGAAACCGUGCGGGAUCUGAAAGCGCAACUCAAAAAAGCGCUGAACGAUCAGAAGGAAAUGAAGCUGCUACUGGACAUGUACAAAGGAGUCUCGAAGGAUCAGCGCGACAAGGUGCAGCUGAUGGCCACCGAGAAGAAGCUGCGUUCCGAGAUUGAAGAGCUGCGGCAGCAGCUGAAAAAGCUGCAGGAGAGCAAGCGAGAGGAACGGAAGAAACUAGCCGAUGAAGAAGCAUUGCGAAAGAUUAAACAGCUGGAGGAGCAGAAAUAUGAGCUUCAAAAGCAGGUGGCCAAUCAUAAGCCCACGGAGAAUACUUGGGGCGCUGCACCAGGUGGCGGACCCGGAGGUGCCAACUACACUCGUCCGUUUGUUGGCUCCCACGAAGAGGAGGCGCUGCUCAACGAGAUGGAAGUGACGGGACAGGCAUUCGAGGAUAUGCAGGAACAAAACUCAAGGCUCAUCCAGCAGCUGCGCGAAAAAGACGAUGCAAAUUUUAAACUAAUGUCUGAGCGAAUCAAGGCUAACCAGCUGCACAAACUGCUGCGCGAAGAGAAAACGGUGCUGGAGGAUCAAAUGACUACAGCAACGACACAGAUCGAGGCCAUGCACAUUGUGCUGCGAAAACUGGAGGAGAAAGAGCGCAGCCUGCAGGCAACCGUAGCGUCAAUUGAGAAGGAGCUAAUGCUGCGCCAGCAGGCCAUGGAGAUGCACAAGCGAAAGGCUAUCGAAUCGGCGCAAUCGGCAGCGGACUUGAAGCUGCAUUUAGAAAAGUAUCAUGCCCAAAUGAAAGAGGCCCAACAGGUGGUCGCCGAGAAGACCAGCUCGCUGGAAGCGGAGGCCUACAAGACGAAACGGUUGCAGGAGGAGCUGGCGCAGUUCAAACGAAAGGCGGAACGCAUGAAGAAGAUGGAAAUGUCGGGCACAACCAUCGACGAGGUGAUGAUCGAGGAGAUCCGCGAAUACAAGGAAACGCUCACGUGUCCCUCAUGCAAGGUGAAGCGCAAGGAUGCUGUGCUCUCCAAAUGCUUCCAUGUCUUCUGUUACGACUGUCUGCGAACGCGCUACGAGACGCGGCAAAGGAAGUGUCCCAAAUGCAACUGCGCCUUUGGCGCCAACGAUUAUCAUAGGCUAUAUCUACAGUAGAGAUCGAUCACCACAUCAAGAGAGAGCAAUCAAGAGAACACCGAGCGUCUACAUACCAGCCAGCUAAUCCAUUACGAGCAUAUUAUCUAUGUACUAUUAAUAUAUAUAUAUAUUUACAUAUAUAUAUAUAGAGAGUUGUUUUUAAGUGUCCCCCAUCAGGGCGACUUUCCCACUAGUAUCCCUUGUAAACCUUGCGGCAAUUAUUUGAAUCCACCCUUUCGAUUAUCUCAUAAUUAAUGAGUUCCGAGUGAUAUUCUCCCGGGUUUUUAUGUAGCUUCUAGAUUGAAACUAAAUCGUACGAACAUUAAUAAAUGGUUAUCCAUUAUUUUCAAUGGCAUCAAAAAAUAAAUGAUCAAAAAUUCAGAAUCUUCAAAAUACGCA